AGUGACAAGCCAACCCGUGUAGCUGGACAGACAACGGCUACAGUCUCUGUUUCCGUAAACGAAGAAUACUCUUAAUAAUUGGAAGAUCUUGCAACUCAAGAAGAAAACUUUUACAUCUGCUGAUUUUAGACUUUUUAUAUGUUGGACUGUUUAUUUAUUUGAGAAUUCAGCUUAUAGCAAUAGACCUCUGUACUUCUUUGGACAAAGGAUAAUAUCGGUUUCCCUUUACAAGCAACUGAAUUGGAUUCUUGCAUCAUAAUAUUUUUUUACUGUGCGAAGGAUAACUGUAGUGCAUAUAUAUUAUACGUAUGCAUUUUGCACGGAUAAUAUAAACAAAAUAGCUGCUUUAUGAAAUUGCAGUUUAGUUUGAGAAAACAAAGUAGGCUAUCCUUUGCCAUAGGAAAUAGCCUACAGCUCGUGAGCUAGUAACUCAUCGAGUCCAGUCAUACUCCUCGGUGUGCAACUAGAACAAACCCAGCAGUUUAAUUGCAACGAUCUCUUCAUUUUAGUACAUCAAAAUGAUCCGGAUGCCCAAAGGCAUUUCUCCUGCAUCAGGUAGGGGGGCAAUCGGACUGUCCUGCUCGCAAAAGAAAGUUCUUUCGGGAGUAAAGACAGACUUCUUCAACACCGGACUCUCGAGUCCACCGAUGAGUUCGGUACCGACAGGAUACUUCACUCAGAUAUGCAACACCACAGCAGCGGAACAAAGGGCGAAUUGCCUUUAUGCAACCCCCCACGGACCUGAGGCCAAACCCAUCAGAGCAUCCUCCGGUCGACUCCCGGCCAAGAGAAAGCUGGACCUGGAGGAUCCUCUGUACCUGCCAGACUUUAGGACACCAAAGGGCAAGAGCAGCGCUGCAGCCAGGAUCCCAAGCCCCCGCACCCCUAAGUCUCCAGGUGAGCGCACGCGCUACGACACCUCCCUGGGUCUGCUGACUAAGAAGUUUGUGGGCCUGCUCAGCGAGUCACCAGACGGGGUUCUGGAUCUGAACUGGGCUACCGAGGUGCUGGAGGUCCAGAAGCGACGCAUCUAUGACAUCACCAACGUUCUAGAAGGAGUCCAGCUUAUCCGCAAGAAGUCCAAGAAUAACAUUCAGUGGAUGGUGGGUGGUGUGUUUGAGGGGUCUGCAGGCGGAGGGGAGAAGGCGAGGUCGCUGAAGAGAGAGCUGGCGGACCUGGACAGAGCGGAGAACGCUCUGGAUGAUCUGAUCCAGUCUAGCAGCACCCAACUCAAACAGCUCACAGAGCACAAAGACAACCAGAGAUUAGGUUAUGUGACCUAUCAGGACAUUCGUUCCAUUAGCAGUCUGCAGGACCAGACGGUCAUUGCUGUCAAGGCCCCCUCUGAAACCAAGCUGGAAGUUCCUGAAUCUCCGGGGGGCUCUCUCCAGAUCUACCUGAAGAGUAAGAACGGGCCUAUUGAGGUGUACCUCUGUCCUGAGGAGGGUCUGGAGGAUGCCAGUCCCGUCAAGAGCACUUCCACCCCCAGUAAGGACUACCCUAGCCCCCAACCUCACCCUCUGGGAACGCCUGCCACCCCCACCACGGCAGCAUCCAAUUACACUGUCAAAGAGGAGCCUAUGGAAGCUGCCCUCACCGCACCUCGUCCCCUGCCCCCCCCCAGCACCCCCGGCAGCAGUGCCCUCCCGCCCCCCAGCGGGAGCAGCUCUCUGCUGGACGUGGAGGGCCUCCUGGGUCUGCCUCCCAGUCUGCUGCAGAUCACAGAGGACCAGCUCCCCGGCCCCUCUUACACCCCCGACCCCAACGCCCCAUUCGUCAGCUUCUCCCCACCCCUCGACCAAGACGACUACCUCUGGGGCCUGGAGGACGGAGAGGGUGUGUCUGACUUCUUCGAUACCUAUGACCUGGGGGAUUUACUUCGUAGCUGAGAUAGAGUGAGGGAGCACGAUGGAGAGGGAUUCAGGGGAAUGUAUCUGAUAGGGUGGGAUUGAUGAAGAAGGGGAGAAUGCGACAGAAGGAACGGGGGAGAGAUGGAGGAAUGAGCUAUGUAGACUUUACACUAUGAAGCCAUGCUUUGCUUUAGCCAUGUCUAUUUGAUGUCAGUGAGGCGUUGCCUCUAAAUUCUUCAUGCAAAAUGUAUAUAUUUGGGGUUCAGGGGGAGGGGAGGGUUGCAUGCACUGUCCAGUCUUCAAAGCUGUUAAUGUGACUAAUUUGUAAAGAACAGAUGGCUUGUUACGGUCUAGUGUGCUAACUGGUAAGACAUAGCAGCCAUCUUUUAUGCAUAUCAAAUAAUAUAGCUGGGGCAUUUGGGAGGAAUUGGGUGUUUACAUUGAAAAACUCAAAUCUCAGGAAUUCUUAUGCUCUUUUAUUUUUGAAAGUCAACAUGUUUUCUCCACUGUUGGACCAUCAGCCUCUUUGGCAAUGUAUCAUGUCAGCUUUAACUCAGUGGCUUCACAGGGUGGUAUCCAUGCUUGUUUAGUAUGUUACCACCCAGGUGUAAGAUACCAGGGAUCGCAUUGAACCUGUUCAGGAACAACUCCACCAGCCUUUCAGUCCUCAACACUUAGUAACAUCUGACGGGAUAGGGCAAUGCCUCAACAACCUCUUCUCUGAUAGGUGGAAUUUCCACCAUAUUGUUUAUACUUCUCCUACUCUGUCAGAUCUGUAUGUGUUUAGAGGGUUGUGGCUGGUGGCAGUUUCUCCAUAGGUCUGUGGCUUAUGUGGUGUAUUUCCCACUGAUCCCAAUGAAACUAAGGUAUUGUAAAGUAUUUCAUAGCUGGUUGUAUGGAUAAGGUCCUCCUCUCAGACAUGAUCUGGUUGUCCAGGUGAAACACUUCUACCUCCCUCAGCACUCAAAGGUUCAUAGCUGACCAGGCAGCGUUUUACUGUUGCUAUAUUAUCAACAUGUGUGUGGGUAACGUCACAGAUCAUGACCUUGUAUGGAUCCAUCAAUCAAAGUUAUGUGAAGUCACCAUAUCUACCUAGUCUUUGAUCCUUUGCUAACCAGGGACAGAAAGUUUGGCAGCUAAGUUUCUUUUUUUUGGAAACUUCUCUCUGUCUAUCAAUGUGAAUUUGUAUACAAUUGUUUGCGUUAAAUUGCUAUAUAUUUCAAAGGAAAUCAUUCCGUAAGUGUAAAACAGUAAUAUGCAAACACCUGGCUCAAAUGUGUUUUGUUUCCGGGAGUCAAUUUGGAGUCAUUUUGUCUCCCUCUGCAGUUGAAAUUGAUGAAUUGUUCGAUUUGAACCCUCCCCAUGCAUCCACAUGGAGAACUUUUUUUCUUUUCUAAUGAACACUUUCCCCAAUAUGUGUGGUAGUUUAAACUAGGUAAACAAAGGGCAGAAGAAUCACCCUCAAUGUCUCAAAAGCUGUGAGCCCUCUUUUUGAGACAUACCUAUAGAACUGUUUUCUAGACGUUUCAGAGAUGGGAUUACAGUUGAGCUCCUCGCCAGUCUGUUUCUGUCUUUACCCUGUGAUGUGGGUGAGGUCAAAAUGUCCUGUCCUAACAAAACUUGAAAUUGUGUGUGUGCGUGUGUAAGAUUUGAAAAUAGAUGUGAUUUAAGGUGUAGAUUAGAAAUUCUGAAUUAAGAAAAUGUAUUUUUUCCAAUAAGCAUUAUUUUUUUGUACCUGUACAGAAUUAUUUUGUAUUUAUACUUUUUUUCCUGAAUAGAAUUGAAAAGUUGAUGAGGACCUCGGUAUAGAAACAAAACGAUUGCAUCUGUGACUUGAGCACUUAAUAUUUUGUAAUAUUGUGUGGUCUGUUUGAAUUGAAUAAAGAAUUAAAGCCAUGGUGUACAUGUGGCAUUCUGCACUCCUUGUUG